AUGCUUCAUCUCCACAUCCACCUACACCUCUGCAAGUUCGGCGAAAUCUUUUGCUGCUUCGGAAGUAGAGAGGUUUUGCCCGCUAAGCUUCCGGGCCCAGAAUCAAGCUCGAAUGGCUCGAAUACACCCAUCCGGACCCAGCCUCAAAGGCAAGGUGGAAUGGAACUUCCAAACAUAAUCCAAGCCGGUACCACCGCCGAAUCUACCGCUAGUGCAGUCGCGGCCACAGCUUGA